AUGGUUGGGAUAAAAAUUUUGCUCUCUACCAAAGACACUGGGGACAGCCAUGACUUUCUGGAGCCUCCAAUGUUUGUGGUGGUUGGGAAGAGGGUGCUGCUCAUCUCUGCCAAGUUCCAAGAGUUUGACGAUGCAGCUAAUUUGCUUGCAGCGAAUCCCGACGCUACCACCAUAAGCAUCGACGAGCCAGCCGAAAUCCCCAAAAAGCAGCCCGGCCGCCCGCAGGAGGCAGGGAGGGAGGAGGAUGAUGAGUUGCUGGGGACCGAUGACUCCGAUAAGACAGAGCUGCUUGCAGGACAGAAGAAAAGUGCCCCUUUCUGGACAUUUGAUUACUACCAGACGUUCUUCGACGUGGACACGUACCAGGUCCUGGACAGAAUCAAAGGUUCAGUUUUCCCAGUACCAGGGAAGAACUUUGUAAGGCUGUAUAUCCGCAGCAAUCCUGACCUUUAUGGUCCCUUUUGGAUAUGUGCCACACUCGUCUUCACCAUUGCUGUCAGUGGCAAUCUCUCCAAUUUCUUCAUCCAUCUGGGCAAGCCAACGUACCACUAUGUGCCCCAGUUCAGAAAAGUGUCCAUAGCAGCAACAACGAUUUAUGCCUAUGCUUGGCUUGUUCCCCUUGCUCUCUGGGGAUUCCUGAUGUGGAGGAACAGUAAAGUCAUGAACAUCGUCUCCUACUCGUUCUUGGAGAUAGUGUGUGUCUAUGGCUACUCCCUCUUCAUUUACAUCCCCACUGCGAUUUUAUGGAUCAUACCAGAAAAAGUGGUGCGCUGGGUCCUGAUGAUCUUCUCCCUGGGCCUCUCGGGGUCUGUUCUGGUGAUGACCUUUUGGCCUGCUGUCCGCGACGACAACCGGAGGAUCGCGCUGGCCACCGUGGGGACCAUUGUUCUGCUUCAUGCUCUGCUGGCUGUCGGCUGUUUGGCAUACUUUUUUGAUGCUCCUGAACUGGAUUUUCCUGCACCUAUUAUCCCUGCUCACAAUAAAACAACAGUAACAACAAGGAGUCACUAAAUAAGGUUACACUGCCCAUUUCUCCAUCUGUACAGUCAUUUCAUUUUACAUUAUUUUUUCACUGA